CAGUCAAUAGACCCAGCAACCACCACCAUUCUCUCCCAACAUUCUUGGCUUUCAAAAUAUCCAAGGCUUUCUGCAUGCUUCAUUCUUUUCACAUUUAUGCAUGUUUAACAAGAUGUCUUUAUAUAAGAGUAUCUCCAUAAAUAAUUAAACCCCAAGAAAAGUAAAAAAAAAAACAAAAAAUCACUUUAAUCUUCUCUCGUAUCACUCCCAGCACCGACAAUGAAGAAAGCUGAGCUUGUGUUCAUCCCUGCACCAGCACUAGGCCACCUAGUUCCCACUGUGGAGUUUGCAAAAUGCUUGAUCCAACGAGAUGAUCGUUUCUCAGUGACUAUUCUUGUCAUGGAAUCUCCUCUUGGUGGCUCUGCUAUACCUGCAUUCACCAAAUCAAUUGCAGAAUCUAAUACUCCAAUAAGGUUCAUCCAUCUUCCUCUUGUGGACUUCUCUCCUUCACAAGAGGUUCAUAAAUCUGUUGAAAAGUUUAUAACCGAGUCCAUAGAUAGUCAUAAAGCUUGUGUUAAAGAAGCUAUUGUCAAGAAUGUGCUUUCCAGUUCUGUCUCAGGUUCACUUGCCGGGUUGGUAAUUGAUAUGUUUUGUUCAUCGAUGGUCGAUGUGGGAAAUGAACUUGGUGUUCCUUCUUAUUUGUUCUACACUUCUAGUGCAGCUUUUCUUGGCCUCAUGCUUUACCUUCCAAUUCGACAUGCUCAAGUUGGUAGAGGAUUUGAAGAGUUUGAUGGUGAUUUAGUGAUCCCUUGUUAUGUUAAUCCAAUUUCAAGCAGUGGUCUGCCUACAGUUUUGUUAAACAAGUACGGUGGCUACUCUUCAUUUCUCUACCAUGGAAGAAGAUUCAAGGAGACAAAAGGGCUUAUUGUGAACACAUUUGAGGAGCUGGAAUCUCAUGCGGUUAAGUGUUUGAAGAAUGAUUUUGACAAUGUGCCACCAGUUUACACAGUCGGACCGCUGAUUGAUCUCGAGGGUGAGAGUGAUAAGUUAGAUUCAGAUGAGAUCAUGAAGUGGCUUGAUAAUAAACCUGAUUCAUCAGUUGUGUUUUUGUGCUUUGGAAGCAUGGGGAGUUUUGGUGAAGAACAAGUGAAAGAAAUUGCGUCUGGAUUGGAGCAAAGUGGGAUAAGAUUUUUGUGGUCUUUACGUAAACCCCCACCAAAAGACAAAAUUGCUGAGCCAAAUGAGUACACGAGUGGCGCCCAGGAGGUGUUGCCAAAAGGGUUCUUGGAGAACACAAAAGAGAUUGGCUUGGUGUGUGGAUGGGCGCCACAAAAGCAGGUGUUAGCUCACAAAUCAGUGGGAGGAUUUGUGUCACAUUGUGGGUGGAAUUCAAUUCUGGAGAGCUUGUGGUUUGGUGUCCCGAUUGUGACAUGGCCUAUGUAUGCUGAGCAACAGCUGAAUGCAUUCCAAAUGGUGAAAGAUUUGGGUUUAGCUGUGGAGGUGAGAUCGGAUUUUAGAAACACCAGUGGAGAAGUCGUGUUAAGAGAUGAGAUAGCAAGAGCUAUAAAAAGUGUAAUGGAUGGUGAAAAUGAGGUGAGGAGAAGGGUUAAAGAGAGGAGUGAACAGAGCAGAUUAGCAGUGACGGAAGGUGGAUCUUCAUUUGCUGCAUUCGGACGAUUGAUUGAUGAAAUAUUAAGGAAUAAGCCAUGAAGAAGCGUAGUCUUAAUCAUCUUUAAUGUCCUAU